CCUUGCUUAGGCAGACCUUGUGGUGUACUAAGAGGAAGUCUCCUCACCUUGGGGAGCCACUCCCUGAUGGACCACAGCCUGGCCCAAGCAGAUUCCCCAGAGCCAGAGGGAAUGGCCCCUGGGACCCAGAGAUCUCCAUCCCAGGUGAGUGCAGUCACACUCCAGCCCUGGCCAAGCUUCCCCCAGCUAGAAUCCAGCAUGACUAAGACCUCUGUCUUUCCCAAGCCACCUUCACUGUUUUCCUCAGUGUGACCUCAAGGGUCAACCCUGGCUGCUCCCACAUGCACAUUAUUUCUGGGGUUUUCCAGGGCCUUGGUAGCCUCUGCCUGAAUAAGCCAGCCCAGGUUCUAGACUGACAGGCACAAGUGCUGUCAUUUAUUCAUCCACCUUUGAGUGUGACGCCUUCCACCAGCAGGUGAUGGCCCUUUGUCCUGAGAUUGCAGGGAUGGCACAGGGACAUUCUCUGCUUCUCAACUCUAUAACCUGGGCUUCGGACAGGUCAGUGAGGCUUGCCAGGGAGGCUUCAUAACUAGUGUGGGAUAUGUUCUCUCCCAGAUUCCCUUCUGACAGCCAUUCCACACUGACUAUAGAAGAAUCUUAGUUUUAGGUGCUAAGGGUGAGGAGCGUGGAAGAUGGGAUUGUACUUCCCCAGCUCAAGGAGCAAAGAGCCUUGAAGGGGCUGGCAUCAAGAUGGCAGAGAGGGAGUGGGCUGGCAGAAGAGACCUACCCAAAGGAGGAGAUCAGGACCCCUGGGUGAGAGCUGAAGUAUGUGUGUGUGAUGCAGGGCCUUGGUAGGAAGGUAGCAUCAAAGACCACUUCUUUUUCAUGGAAGACCAGUGAGGGAUGGGGCAGAUAUCUAAACUGUGCGAACCCCUGGCUCCACCCUACCUGGUUGGUUCCUGCACUUCCUCAAUGUUUGUUCCCUUCAUGCAAAAUAUUGUAAGGACCAUCAUUCUGAGCUGAAGAUUCAAACUUUAAUUGUGGGAAAUGAAAGCUGGAGAUGGCACCCACCAUACCUGUAGCAAAGAUCCCAUAGAGAUGUAGGGCAGGGUGUUUUAUGGGUGUUUGACAGAUAGGUAGCAAAGUCAUUAACAGGUUAGAAUAUACAGAGGAGUUAAGAAAUAGUUGGUGGUGUUUUGUCACCAGGGUUUGAACAUUUGCUCCCAAGUUCUCAGUUUAAUACAAGGUUAAGAGAAGAAAAUGUAAUGAAUCCUCCAGAGCUAUCAGUCUAUUUAGGUCAGAGGAACCAAUCUUGAUCACAAUCCUUCAAGAGCCCAGAGUUGGCAUAAUCUUCACAGCCUCAAACAGCACUUGGACCAGCUGAGGUGGUUUCCUGUGUCCUCUCAUCAGGCCAGCUAUUGACUCGCCAUUCCCAGUUAUCCUAGUUCCUUCUUCAGAGCUGUCAGUUUCCCCAAAUGGCUACACAGACCUCAAGCUUUUAUUCCUACAACAGCUGUCUUUGAUGUCAUGAGUUACUUUAGUAUUCUAAUGCCCCAAUCUUCAUCCCUUCUAAUACUGUGGCCCAUAUUCUACUAGAUGUCUGGUACAUAGUUUCAUACCUGAGGCUAAUUCUUUCUAAGAAUUGUCAUUGCAGUUACUUAUCUAUAGGAGUAUAUAUGAUGAAUUCGUUCAUGAUCAGUGGUAUAAAGGCAAGGAACAGUUCCCUCUUGGAGAGCAUACUGUUAAUCCCUUUGGAGGUGUGUUGAUAAGAAUUUCUUUACACAGAGGGCAAUCUUUAUGAAAUAUGUGCAAUCCAGGACAGGCAUCCUCUUACCAGUACACAGAACUCAACUACAGAAUCAAUAAUAAUGUCAGGUUACAUUAUUAUGAAUUCAAAUCCACAUUCUCUUCUAUCAAUGUCAUGUUUUGAUUCAUGACUUGAUAUAAUGAUUGAACUAUCUUUGGGUGAUACACAAGUGUUUUGUAGAGAGUCUUGACUUUUAAUUUUUUUUCAAACUUUUUAAAGCAUUGAGAAUUGCUUCAGGGUUCAGUUUAUCAAUCACACAUCUCACAGACUCAGGAACCAAGGACAUUCCUAAUUUAAUAUAUUUCUUAAGAUUAUUAGUUGGACAUUUCUUAUCGGUAGUAAUAGGGAACUCUUCAAGUUUAUUACACAUUAGUGAAUGUCAUUUUCUGGAAUUCCUUUCUAAAAGAAUAUUCUCCAUGAUUUACAAACAUGCCCUUGAAAUCUGAGGAGGUGAGGUCUCUAUUGUGGUGAACAAUUAAUUUCCACAAAUAAAAAUUUCAAGCUAAUAAUAGGCCUAUUGGGAGAGGGCCCAUCUCACUAUAAAGCUGAACUCUGGUCAAAAAUCUGAUGACAUAGUAUCCUAUUACAGACAGAAAAUACAGUCAAAAUUAAAAUAGAAUGAAUACAAAAUCUUUCACAUGGGCAGGUCUUAAUGAAUGAUUCAAAUAUUGAAUAAGCUGGAAAGUACAAAAAUAGUCACUUUCAGUGGUAACUUUAUGUCUUAUGGCCGUUCUUUCUAAGGCCUCUACCCUAUGGGGUCAGAGUUUAAUUGUUUUUGCUGACAAGUAUUAUUUAAUGGGAGGUAUCAGCAGUUGGAUGACUGAUAUUGUCCCCAAGAGCAGCCUUCCACUUCCCUACUGACUGUUUUGUCAUACAUAGAACUGGGUGUGGUGGGCUUAGUAGAAACUUUUGGGCUAUAGGCUUAAAGUCAAAAUGCCUUUCACCAAAUUUGAUACCACCAUAAAUUGCAUUUUCUUAGCUAAUGCUUACAAUUCAUAUAAAGCAAACCAUAUUAUUUGAUUAUGUAAGAGUUAAAAUAGUUGAGGCCAUAAACUGUAGUGAUUAAAAUAGUGGAAGACAUAAAUUGUAGCAGAUAUAAGAGUGGAUGAGUAAAUUGUGACCGCAGAAAAUGUUUUCACUACAGUGUCUUGUUUUUAAAUCAAUAUUUAAGGUGGUCGCCAGGGAAAAUUUCCCAAUUAUUCAAAUAUAUCCAAGUCAGCUGGGUUUAUAGAGAUUUUAAUUAAUACAAAUGAGGAAUUAAGAAAGAGGGAGAAAGAGAAAAAGGAAAUAAUGAGAAAAGGAUAAGCCGGCCCAGGGCAGCCCUGGCCAACCCAGGCCUAAGCCCUUAGAGAAAGAUCAGUCAGUUCUUAAUCACUCACCACAAGAUCUGUCCAAGCAAAGAUUCUAGUGACACCAGACCAGCUUCAUCUCAGCUGACUCCACCAGCUCAGUGCCUGAAUCUCUAUAUCCAUGUGAAUGAAUCUGAGCUCCUAUUUAAAGGGAAUUUUCUCCUAUGUCACCUCCCCUAAAUUCUCACAUCUACCAAUCACAGUAGAUGUUUUUCAAAGGACAGACCCUUCUUAGUUCACACCUGAGUAGACUAAUCUUUUGAGUAAUUCACACUUGAGUAGACUAGAAUCUCUGAGUAAGUUUUCACCUCUUUGCUCCUUAUAAGUUCACAAGUUGCCUGACCUUUAUAGGUACUUAGCACCCUUUUGUAUUAGUCCUAAAAUAGGCAUAGCUUAAGAACUUUUGUACUACUAUAAGUAUGGGUUUAAGUACUUUCAUUGUUCAGCAAAGAGUUUACAACUUUAUCUUCCCCUAAGGCAUGCUUAAGUAUAGUGAAGUAGAGUUCUCACAUUACUGAUCUAAGUAGCUUCACUGCCCAAAUGGGGAAUGGUCCCAAUGGGGAAUGGUCUUAACCCAACCUUAUGAAGUAGGGUCUGGGAAUUUUUUUUUAAGGUUUACAAUCCUAACCUUAUGAAGUAGGGUCCGAGAAUUUUUAAGGUUCACAACUAUCAGCUCAAAAUUAAUGAUCAUGUUAUAAAAAUAAUUAUUAAGGCUAAUACUAUUAUGAUCAUAAAAUCCAGUGGGGAGUUUUACAUUCAUACUGUUGAUGCCUGAGUUUGGGUGUGUAGGAGUAAAAAUGAAUAAAUACUCAUAGUAUUUAAAAAUAUAUAGAAUAAAUAAAUCAAAACAAAUCAAAAGAGAGGGAAAAGAAGGAAAAAAAAUACGUUCUUUCAUUCAAGUGACACCUGCAUCACUUUACCAAAAGACAAAGCUCCAAAAAAAAAAAAACAACCCGCAGUGUGAGUCUCAGCCAAAUUUAUCCCCCAAGCCUCUGUAGGUAAGGUAUGUUUGGGAAUGUAGCUCAGGUGUGGCACAUUUUCCACCUGCACAGGUGCUAGGUUUUGUCAACAUCUGGUAGCUUAAACUGGAUGGACUAUAAUAUUGAAAGGUACUGGGGAUAAGGAAGGGUUGGUAACAGGGAAUGGAGGAGGUGAAGGGACUGAGAGACUGUGAAGGGCUGGAGAGAUAAAAGGGAGGAAUACUAUCUGUGGCUGAGGCUGUCUUUGAAAUUCCCUCAUACUCAACCCACAAGAGAGGUACCCACUGGGUAGAGUUAGGUUAAGGAUGACAGGACCAGUGUCUUUGAGAGGGCUUUAAUGAAAUGAGAAAUUAUUUUUCUCAUGUUCUAACAGUUCUUCUAUCGGUUCUUUAUAACUAGGUGUAUCGUGUUUUAAUUCCUUUAUAUCUUGGGAUGUGAAAGGUGUAUGUUGUUUUAAUGUUAACACAGCCCCAUUGCUUCCUAUUGUAGGCACUUCCCUUAUGGGAAAAAGGCCUUUAUAGGAAUCAGUCAAUGGUUGUGGUUUCUUAGUAGUUGUCUGUGUGGACACUUAGGCAGUACAGGUAGGAAUCUAUAUGGUAGGAGGAUUAUGUUUCCUCAAGGCUGAGGUUGGUCGUGGGAUGGGAGAAGAGAAAGGAGACAGCGGGGCAUCAGGAAAAGGAGCAGGAAAGGGAGGUAGGGUUAGCCAGGAGUUGCACAACAUGCGAGUGGAGGUUCUUCACCUGAGACAUAGGUCAAGGGUCUUCCAUCUGCUUUUCAGGAGAAAUAGGAUUUUCCUUUCUUGGUAGUUCAGGAACAAGUAUGCAAAAAUCAGACUUUUUUGGGUGGAAUCCUUUGCCAUUAGACCAUGCAAGAAGUGCUUGAAAUUGUCUGGUUGAAUUUGAAUUUCGGCCUGCAUUUUCUUCAGGCAAGCCUGUUGAGUCUUUACAUUUAGGAUCAGGAAAAGAAAAUUUCCUAGCAACAUAAGGAGAAGUUGGCAUUCCAAAACCUUAAAGGUUCCCAUUUGGACAAAAGUCAGAAGGCUUUCUUGCAGAGUAGCAAUCAUGCUGCUUGGCAUUGUAAUCAAGAGAUUAAGAAACUAAUUUUCAAUGUUUUUUAUUUUAUUCUUAAUUACUUUGUUUUUUCAUUUAUUUAUUAUUUUGAUAAUUAUUAUUUUUAUUGGUGCUGCCCUCUGGUGGUAGAAAAGCAGCACUGCAAAAGGGUUGCCAGCUUAACAGGGAAAAAAGAUGAGCGCUCAAUACUGGCCUCUAGUGGCCAAGAGGUAGCAUGACAGUUGGGGUGGGAUGGGGGUGGUGGUGGUAGUGAUAGAAGUGGUAAUUUAGUCCAAUGUACCAAAAACCAAAAUGGAGUAUCUGGCUGCAAAGGUAAGAUGGGUAGAGAGUAGGCAGAAAUCCUUUCACUGAAGGCUAAGUGGAGGGUUAACGGGAGACAGCUGCCUACUCCCUUCCCCAGUGUAAAAUGCUAGAACCACAUGCUUCUGACCAAGUACUUCUGUAAUGGAGGAAGGUUUGAAGGGUUUUUAAAGAAAUAGGAUCUAAGAGAGACAGCUGGUGUUUAAGAUUGGCUCAGAGAGAGGAGUAGGGGUUAGAAGAUUUCCCCCCUUCACCCUUCCCUCCUUAGCUAUGGUUGCUCUCCCAUAUUUGAUCUUAUCCCUCUUGUCCCUCCUCCACUACAAGAGACUUAAAUGUUUCUUCUUAAAAAGAUGUCUCUCCUCCUUGAAGCUUUUCACUCACACUUGAUUCAAAAUUUGGGGAAAGGAUAACUAUUUUAAUAUCAAUUAACUCAGUCAUGGUAAUACAAAGGAAUAGCUGACAGGGAAAGGAAAGUGGGGAGAAGGGGUCUCUUUCUCUAGCUAAAUCCAUUUUCCCUCCCUCCUUGAGUUUGGGGGGAUCUCGGGCUUUGGCAGCCUGAGCCCCCUAAGAUAAGUCAGGUUGACUGACCCUGGGUUUGGCCCCUUGGCCCCAGUUGAGACCCAGGGCAACAGGAACUGAGGUAAAGUCUGACAGAGACUCCAAAUGUCUUUCUUAAGUUUCUCUUCAGUGGUCUUUAAUAACUGGGAAAUUUUUUGGGGGGAAGAUUUCCAGUGUCAAGCAGGGAAAAGGUGGGUUACCCUCAGGAGAAAUUCUUAACCAGCCCUCCCUCUUCAGCUUCUCCAAACUAAGAGACCAACUGCUCUUCAGAGGAAACUUUCUGCUUCCUCAAGAUUCCAACCUCCUAGGGCCCCUCCCCCGAUGAGGAGAAAGAUCCAUCCUCUUCAGCUUGGCACCUUUCCCCUAGUGCCAGCUUCUGUCACACUUCCCACCAUGUGCUUCCUUAUGCAGGGAACAAUGCCACUUUUCUGAGUUUUGCCUGGGGCAAAAUAUUUUUAUAAUUUUUUUUUAGCUCAUUUGUGCUCUAAAACAUCUUAGGGUAAAAAAAGGACCAGUUACUUUUGUUACUUUAAUGCUAUUCUUCCUGACUGAUCUCCCCAGGUUUCACUUCUCACUUAAAUUAAUUCUAGAGACAUGUGGGGCUUGGAAAAAGAGAAGGACUUCCAGGAGCAAAACAAGACUAAAACUUUGUUAAUUUCAGCUUAACAAUGACUCUAAAAACAAACAGGUGAACAGAACUCACUACCUUUACUCAAGCGGUCUAGCAGACUCAGCUAUUUAAAACACUGACUUAAGGAGGUUGUAAAGAGUGAAAGAAGAGUCAAGAAAAUUUGAGGGAGAUUAAGGGUACUCUUCCCAACCUAUGUGGUCAUCCAUAAUGUAAAGGGCAGAAUGUAAGGGGUUAAAAUUAAAGGGUUGUAUUAAAUUAUUCAAAAGUAUGGUCUCCAGGAAUGAAUUACUCAAUUCCAAAUGAUUUUUAUGGUAAUUUAUUUACAAGAGGAGAAAGUGAAAGUAAGAAAAUCGAGAGAGGAUAGGGUAAGAUAUCUAAUUCAACACACUAAGUAUGUAGCUCUGGCCCCUGGCUCAACCCAGGCAGGGCUAAUUAGUCCUCAGCUAGAGGGGCCUCAGACUUGAGCUGAGGGCCUGGUGAUGAAUAAAGCAAGGACUUCAGCCAUGAAGCCUCUCUCAAGAGAGGAGGCCUCACCUAAGACUAGUCCCUCCAGAAAAUCCAGGAAAGGAGUCAGUCUUUUUCACUGACCCACAUGUUAGUUCAAAGGGAGAGAUUUAAGAACAGUCUCACUAAGUCCAGGGUCUCGGGUCCAUGAAGCAGAAUCUUCACAUCCUCCAACUCAAACUUGGAACUCCAAAAAACAAAGAACACCUCACAGGAAGUUGUAACUCCUUUUUAAAGAUGCUUCUUUGUAUCACUUCCUGUGCCUUCCUCUACUUUUACAUGGAUCAUUUAUAGUUUAUAGUUUUGCUUAGGACUGCCCAGGGGGCAGUCAGUGGUUUCUGAUUCAUCACCCACUUUUGCAUUCAUGGGGUAUAUACACUUCUGGUGAUUAAAUCUUAAAAUGGGCAGAGAAGAAUUAAUCCCAUCUUCACAUAUCUAAGAAUUCAAGUUUUGCAAUAUUUUCACUAUGCACACAUGUAAUUUACAGAAUCCUCACAUAUAUACAUAUAUUACAUGAAUGUAUGUUACAUAUAUGUACAGAUUUAAAAAACCUUUUGCAUUAUAACAACUAUGGGCAUUGAAAUUUACAUAUAUAGACAUAUCUUACAACAUAUACAAAAUAUGUAUACAUAUGUAAAUGUAUGUACACUCACUAUAUUAUAAUUUGUCAUCACAAACUAUGUUACAAAUUAUAUACGUGUAUGUACAGACCUAUUUAUUUAUGUGUGUAAUGUGUUCUUCAGAUCACCACCCUUAUGUGAAUCUUAAACCUUAAUCUCUCUACAUAUCCCUAUAUGUUGUCUGAUGGUACCUAAACAGUAUCACAACUCCGACCUUCUAUAUAUGUAAGACCUUAUUGAUCCUAAUGUGUAUAGCUAAUCUACUGUUAUCCUAACCAAUAUUUAUGGUACCUAUUCAUCUACAUGGAUACUUUGCUUAUUAAAGAUCUAAUUACAUUUAGUAAGAAAUGUAUCCUAAUUAUUUGCAUGUUGGAUGUAACCAUACCUACCAAACUCUUCAGACUCUCCUUAUGUUGCCUGUUGACUCUCCUCUGCCUUCACAGUUUUUGGUAACAUUAUGUAGUGUUGCAUGCAACUAAAGUGGAAAUAUACUAAGUUACUCACUGUCAUGAGUCUGUUAACCUUCUGCUCCUCUUCUGUGCAAUGUUAGCCUCAGAUCAGCUGCCUUCUACCUAAUUCUUCUGCUGUCAUCUGGUUCUGUGCUGUUAUCCUCUUCUUUUUUUGAAUCUCUUCCAUAGAUUCGUCCUCUCCUUACUGAAUUUUUGACUGCAAACUCAUUUUGCCUGAUAUAAUCUCUCAGCUUUCCUCUAUGUAUAUGAUUUCUAUGUCCUCUCCUUCUUCUAUAUCUAUCUCUCUCCUUUGUCUUUGCUGUGAGCAAGUUUUAUGUGCAAGCAAUGAAACCAUAAAUCUCUGUCUAGGACCUUAAUUGCUGAAGGUGAAGUUAAAAUACAUUUUAAAGACCAAUUCAGUUUUCUUGUGUUGCAGAUGUUUUCACAAAGUUCUUAAUAUAGACUGAAUCUCCUGGUUUUAUAUUGUGAAAAGAAUAAUCCAGAGGACCAGAUUGGACUAACACUCCCAUGUCAUGAAGUUCUUUUAUUCUUUCUUGCAAAGCAACUAUGCAGGAUUCAAUUUGCAUACCACCUCCUAAUAUUGAGGCAUAAGCAGUCUUACAGAUCUUAGCUUGCAAGGGUGGAUGGCCAAAUAACAUUUCAUGAACUGAUACAUUUAAAUCUGUUUGAGGUCUAAUUUUUAGUUAGAAUAAUCUCAUUGGAAGUAUUUCUGGCCAUUUGUGAUGAGUCUCUGUACAAAGAUUUCCCAUUAUGGUCUUUAUUUCUCUGUUUAGCCUCUCAACUUGUCCAGAGCUUGGGGGAUGAUAUGGCACAUGAAAUUUUGCUGUUUUCCCUAGGUUUUCAUAGACUUGCUUUAAUAUUUCCUGUGGAGAGUGUGAUCUGUCUGAGUCUAUAGAAACUGGAAUCCCAAAUCUAGGAAUAAUCUCUCUUAGCAAUACUUUCACUUAAAAAUCUACUGUGUUUGUAGUAGAGGGAAAUCCUUCAGACCACCUCAUUAGCUUGUCCACCAAAACCAAGAAAAACUUGUACUUUCUGCUUUAGGCAUGCUAAUGUAGUCUACCUGCAAAUUUUCAAAUGACCAAUCAGUUAUCUCACUGUACCCAGGGAUCCAUUGAUGGCAUAAUUACUCUACUUUCUGUAUUACCUAAUGCAAAAUGACUAAAUAUAUUCCAGUAAGUAAUGACAUUCAUCAUAAAGCAAAGACAGGAUAUUUUGGCAAUGGCUUGUCAUACUCAGUGGUUCAUGUUUAUAGCAGAUCUCCCUCCUAAACCUUUCUUUCUAAAUGCUUCCUGAUUGAAUUUUUGACAGAUAGAACAGCUAUUAUAGACUCUACAACAUACUAAUUCCUUGGGCAAUCCAAGUUUGUUUUAUUGAAUCUACCAAUGCCAGAUAUGGCAUGACAUAUAUGAUUGUAAAAACCUUUUGGCAAGAUUAGUUUUUGUAAAAAAUAGACUCGAAUACAGGACUACAAUCCCCAUGAGCCUUUGCUCCACUUCCCCAGAAUGCCUUGUAAUCUCACCUGGGCCGAGAUGUAGAAGGGAUUUAAACUGAUUCAAAGUCUUUUGAGGGGCUCUUGGCGCUUUUUGGACUUCCGUUUUGGAGCAGGCGGUCUCUUGCGUGAUGUGAGGUUAUUUUGUCUAGGCCUCUGGCCUAGGCACAUGUUUCUUACUUGUAUAUUCUUUAAUAUUUAACCUUUAAUAAACCUCUAAAAAAUAUAAUACUUCUUGCAGAGAGAAACUAAUUUCUACCUGCCUCAGUCUCCCCAUCUCCCCUAAAUUUUAACUGUUACAGAUGGCGACCACUAGAUUGGAUGAGAACUUCUCAAAAUUUUUUUAGCCUAGAGAAUUUUUUUUUAAAGCCAAGGUUCUCCGAGAUGCUCUUUAGAAAACCAUCUUGAUCAGCUCCUGCCUGCGGCCCUCUCUGGCUCCUGCUUCUGCUCCUGGCCUCUCACCUGGUGCCUGAGCUGUGCUCCAGCUCCUGGCCCGACCCACCCCGGCGGUCUGUCUCUCACCCAUCUGGCCUCCGACCCAGCUGACUCACCACCCAGAUCCUUGGAGCAGAUCUCAGGACUCAUUGCGACCAGCUGGUAACUGUAUUGGCCACGUGGGUGGAGGGGAGAGACGAGAGGGAAAGGAGACCAGGUAAUUUUCCCUUAGGCUAAGCCUCCACGUGGCUGGGGGUAUUGGCUACUGCGGGAUCAGAGAGGGGAAAGAGAGAAAAGACUAGAGAUCAGAAACAGACUUUUCAAACAGAAACCUAAAAAGCAAUGGGCUGUUUAAAAGGAUUUUUGACUCUUCUGGCAAUUUCAUUGAUUUUACCUGCCUGUCUGGGAGCAGACUCAGCCCAAAGAUUCAACUUUAACUUUGGGGAGGAAAAUGGGUGGCCCAGCGAACUGGAAGCCAGGCCCAGAGACCGGAGGUCUCUAGCUAAAAUCUGGCAUCCGAUGCUUCCCAGCUAUGGGGCCCUGGACGGAUCCCUUGAACCCCAUAGCCUAGCCUUUACUACUCUACCUUCGGACAAUAGACAUUUAAAUGGAUAAUUAAAAACAAACAAAAAAAAAAAAACCCCAAGGAACUUUGAAGAGACUAAAGGCUACAUUCUAAGGCAUUUCAGACUCCAAUGGUUUAUAAAAAAAUCUCUGUAUUCUAUUGCAUUUUUUGUUUAAGAUAUAACUUUGUGGUUUUAAGUUCAUAUAUUACUGGAUUGAAUAUUAUUCUGUGAACUGAAGGUUGAUUGAAUUUAUUUUGAAUGUACUGAGUUUUAAAAUUCUGUUGUUUUUCCCCUAUAACUGUGUUGAACAAAUAUUAUUGUGAAUAAGCCCAUAUAUGAAAAAACAGCUUUUUUCUAUUUUGCUGAGGAUAGAUGGACUUCAGAACUGGUUAUAAUUGUAUUAACAACCUUGGAAAAUUUAAUGUGCUAAAUACCUCAAAUGAUUUGAUUUUAAGGGUUUUUUAAAUAUGAUUGUUGGAAUUUUUUUAACAAUCUGGUUAUUUUGCCUGCCCCUACCACGAGGUAAGGCCUAUUAGCUGAAGUGAAAUACAUUUUAUAAACCCCAACCUUCCCACAUGUGAAUGGAAGUUGGGCAGUUAAUUUCAGGGCAUUUGUACCCUUAAAAAGCCUCCAAAAGGAGCACCCCUUUAUUUAUACUCUUCAGCUCACUACUUUACUUGCAUCAGAAUUAUAUCUAGAUUUCUUGAUUAUGUUCUUAACCCUAGACAGUUUUACUUUGUUUAAAAAAAAAAUGUUUAUUACCAAGGUUGAAAGAUUGCUGUUUGUAAAAAUUGUGACAAAUGUCCAUCAAUUCAUAGGUUUUAAAAAUGUCAUACAGCAACUUAUGUGAAAUAUGAAAGUGUGUUUGUUUGCUAUUGUAAUUAAUUGGGCUAUUGAGAAUUUUGGGGAUUGUGAUAUCUACAUAUUUGUACUACUGUAUUUUUAAAGAUGAAAAAAUUGUUAACCUUGUUCAAUUCAUUUGCCUUCUACUCACAGUGAUCAUGGCCAGAUACAAAGAGGAAAUGGAUCUCAUUUUUUGGAGUCAAUAACAUUCAAGGAUGUGGCUGUGGACUUCAACCAAGAGGAGUGGUGCCUGUUGGACCAUUCUCAGAAAGAGCUAUAUAUGGAGGUUAUGCUGGAGAAUGUGCAGAGUCUCCUCUCUGUGGGACUUCCCAUUCCUAGAGAAAAUGUUCUCUCCUGUUUUCAGCAAGGGGAAGCACCAUGGCUGCUAGAACAAAAAGAUCCAAGGAGCUUCUGUCCAGAGACAGAGAACAAUUCUGAAGUGAAGAAGAUAUCUACAAAGCUGAGCCUUUAUGUGCAAGGAUGUGACCCUCAAAUAUGCAUGAAUGAGGGUUCCUGUGACUUGAUUUUGAGAGAAAUCUGUGACUAUAAUAUCAACAUAAAUGAAAAUCCAAAGACUAAAACUGCAGAGAAAUUCAGACAGUAUUCAGUCCUAUAUCAGCAAAUGAAAUUGAUCUCAGAAAAUAAUUGUUUUCAGGAUAAUGCAUUCAGAAAAUACUUUCCUGAAGAAGUUGAACUUAUUCAGUCACAUGAGAAAUCUCCUAAAAUGCCCAUGUACCAAGGUAACCUAGAGGGAAUGACAUUUGGCUCUAGUUUAGACUUCAUUAGACAUUCAAAAAGUAAACAUGUAGAGAUGCUUUCUGUGAAUAAUAAAAGUGGGAGACCUUUCAGUCAGAAGUCUGAACUUGAUUCACAUAAAAUAAUCAACUGUGAAGAGAAACCUUAUGAAUGUAAACAAUGUGGAAAGACUUUUGCAGUGAAGCACAGUCUUUCCAUACAUCAGAGAAUCCACACUGGAGAGAAACCUUAUGAAUGUAAGCAAUGUGAAAAGGCUUUUGCAGUGAGGUACAGUCUUGCCAGUCAUGAGAGAAUUCACACUGGAGAGAAACCUUAUAAAUGUAAACAAUGUGGAAAAGCUUUUGCAGUGAGGUACAGUCUUGCCAGUCAUCAGAGAAUCCACACUGGAGAGAAACCUUAUGAACGUAAACAAUGUGGAAAGGCAUUUACAUUAAGGAGUAAUCUUGCCAGACCUGAGAGAUUCCAGAGUGGAGAGAAACCUUAUGAAUGUAAACAAUGUGGAACGGCAUUUUCAGUGAGGCACAGUCUUACUCAGCAUCAGAGAAUCCACACUGGAGUGAAGCCUUAUGAAUGUAAACGAUGUGGAAAGACUUUCACACGGAGGGGUGGUCUUGCUAAACAUCAGACAAUCCGCUCUGGAGAGAAACCUUAUGAAUGUAAACAAUGUGGAAAGAGUUUCACACAGAGGGACCAUCUUGCCAAACAUCAGACAGUUCACACUGGAGAGAACCUCAUGAAUGUAAAAACAUGGAAAAGCAUUUACAUUAAAGUGUAAUCUUGCUAUACAUCACAGCACCCACACUGGAGAGAAAUCUUAUGAAUGUAAAUAAUGUGGAAAGACAUUUGCAUUGAGGGGUAAAAUUCCUAUACAUCAACGAUUUCACACUAGAGAGAAAUCUUUUGAAUUUAAAAAGUGUGGAAAUGCUUUCAUCCUUAGGGGCUCCCUUGCCAGACAUCACAGUCCACUCUGGAGAAAAACCUUAUGAAUGUAAACAGUGGGGAAAGGCUUUCACAUGGAGGGCCUUUCUUGCUGUACAUCAGAGAAUCCACACUGGAGAGAAACUUUGUGAAUGUAAACAAUGUGGAAAGACUUUCACACAGAGUGGCAGCCUUACUCAACAUCAGGAAAUCCAUCCUUCACUCUGGAGAGAAACCUUAUGAAUAUAAGCAAUGUAGAAAGGUGUUGGCAGUGAGGAGCAGUCUUACUCAACAUCAGAACAUCCACACUGGAGAGAAACCUUAUGGAUAUAAACAGUAUUGAAAGGCAUUCCCAGGAAGGGUCAGUCUUACCACAUCAGAGAAUCCACACAGGAUAAGCAGUAUGGAAAGGCUUUUGCAGUGAGUGACCUUCUUGCACUACCUUACAGUCCACACUGGAAAGAAACCUUGUGAAUAUAAACAAUGUGUAAAGGCUUUCUCACAAAGAAAUCAUCUUGGUAAACCUUAGAGCAUUCACAAUGGAGCGAAAAGUUAUGAAUAUCAUCAAUUUGUAUAGGUUUUCACAUAAAGCCCUACCCUUGCUUCAUGGUAGAGCGUCUUACCUAGAAAGAAAUCUCAUGAGUGAGGCUGAUCUUAUUGUUGCCACUCUUAAAUUAUUUAACAUAAGAGGAUCCCCACUAGAGAGGAACUGUAGUAAUAUGAUCAAUGUGAAAAAGCCUUCAGGCAGCAAUCAUGUCUUAUACCCAAGCAAAGUUUCCUUUUGGGUAGCAAUCUUAUUACUGUCCUAAAUGAAGGAAGACAUUAAAUGGAAGAGUCCAGAUCUAGUUCAAUAUGGGGAAAUGAGAGGAUUCCUAGUGCAUAAAAACCUAAUGAGGGGGAAGCUGGAUGGCUCAGUGGAUUGAGAGCCAGACACAGAGACGGGAGGUGCUAGGUUCAAAUCUGGCCUCAGACACUUCCCAGCUGUGUGAACCUGGGCAAGUCACUUAACCCCCAUUGCCCAGCCCUUACCACUCUUCUGCCUUGGAGCCAAUACACAGUAUUGAAUCCAAGAUGGAAGGUAAGGAUUUAAAAAAAAACCUAAUGAAUGUGGUCAAUUUCUUUCCAUUUUCCUGAAGAGUAGAGUGAACACUAUUAUUUAGAGAAAUGAAAAUAAUAAGUGUGACGGAACACCCCACAUCGAUAUUAGAUUGUCUAUUGUACAUAAAAAAAAAGUGACAAAAGUUGAAGGAGAUGUGGGGAAAUUGAGAUAUUGAUGAACUCCUGGAGGAGUUGUGAAGUGAUUCGACCAUUCUGGAGAGAGCAAUUUUGAACUAUGUCCUAAGGGCAUUAAAAAAAAACAAAAAGGAAAGGAAGUAUAUUUAAAAGACAAAACAACAUACUUAAAGCUGCUCUUUUGGGGGUGGCCAAAGAAUUAGAAAGUAAGAGAAAACUCAUCAAUUGGGAAAUGGCUAAGUAAAUUGUAACAUAUGAUUGUAAUGGAAUACUGUUGUUUGAUCAUGAAUGAAGAGAGGGAGGAGCUCAGAGAAACCCAGAAAGACUUGAGAACUUAUGCAGACUGAAUUUAGCAGAACCAGAACACUGCACAUUGUGACAACACUAUCGUAUGUAGAACAACUGAAUUGAACUGUUGUCAACAAUAUACUAAUCCAAAACAAUCCCAAAGGACUGAUAAGAAAAAAAAAAUCAGUUUCGAGAAAAGAACUGAUGGAGUCUGAAUCCAGACCAAAGAAAAAUUUUUUGACUUAAAAAUUUUUUCUUUAUUGUUUGAGUUUAGUUCCACAAAAGGAUCAAUAUAGGAAAAUGUAUUAUUGUGUUACAUAUGCCAACUCUAUAUAAGAUUGCUUAACUUCUUUUGGUUAUGGGGAGAAAAAUCCAAGACUCAAAAAAAAUUAAAAUAUUGGACAUUGUUUUCAUACAUAAUUUUUGUCAAAAAAUAAACUGAAAUAAUGGAGAAUAGUUGUAAGAACAAUAUUCUUUCUGGAAUGAAAGGCUAUACAAGUAAUAAUUACAGGAAGGACUUCAUCUUGAGCUAAUACUUGACUAAACAAUGGACACAUAGAGGUAAGAUUCAGUGUCUCCAAUUCAGUAGGAGAGGCCUUAUGCUGUAGCACAGACUUCAUAGAUUGUCCUACAGAGAAGCCUGCCUUAAACACCCCAAAUUUCAUACUGUGCAUAAAAUACUAUAAUAAUAAGUCUUUUUCUCUGAAAUCCUAAUGCUUGUCAUUCUACCUCACUAAUUGAAGGUAUUCAUCUGUUACAGGUUUUUUUUUUUUUGCCAUUCCCUAGUUAAUUGGCACUUGCUUCUUUCCCAUUUUUUUUAUUGGCACAUAUGGAUCUGACCAAACAAAUGUGAAAAAUGGAAACUUGGUAUCUGUAAGACACCAUACACCUUUUAACCCUGAAGAUUUAAAUAAAUUUAAGGAAGAUCUUCCAUCAUUUGAGGAAGAACCAAUAUUAAUUAUAAAAAGAUUGGAGAACAUAUUCAGAACUUUUGACCCCACUUGGAUAGAUGUUGGAAAUUUAUUAGAAAAAUUUCUGACAGAGAGAAAAAUAAUGUCAUCUCUCUGGCUAAUCAGAAGUGAGGUAAAAGAGGACAUUAUUGGCCAACUGAAGAUCCACAUUGGAACCCCAGUGUUGAACCAGAUUAUACAAAACUAAACCAGGCCAGAGAAACAUUAUUGACAGCCAUGAGAGCAUGCUUGGAUAGACCUGAAAAAUGGUCAAAAUUUUAAAGAACCUGACAAGAAAUUUAUGAGAACCCCUUCCAGUUUAUGGACAGACUUAUUGAUGUAGGAAAUACAUAUAUGGACCAUGAUUUAUCCAGAGAAAGGGACAUUAGGCAAAUACAUACGCAAUUCAUUGAGAAUUGUUGUUCAGUGGUAAAAGACUACUUUAAAACUAACUGUCCUAAUUGGGACUCUAUAGACCUCAAAGAAUUGAGGAGAGUAGCAACCUAUGUUUAUAAGGGUUGUGUAGAAAGACCUGAGGAACAUAAUACAUUAGUGGAAGACUUAAAAAAAGAAAUUGAAAUGUUAAAGAGACAAUUGAAAAAUAAGGGAGAAACCACAGCCCCUUUGCAGGAAUCCGCAGAUAAAUCAGUAACCUGUGUAACAUUUAAAAUAGUUGGAGACCAUAAACUGUUAUAUUUAAAAUAGUUAAUGCCUUAAACUGUGGCAGUUAAAAGAGUUGAAGGCUAUAAACUAUAAGAGUUAAAAUGGUUGAGGUUGUAAAUUGUAGUGAGUAAAAUAGUAGAAGAUAUAAAUUGUGAUAGAUAUAAGAGUGGGUGAGUAAAUUUGUGACCGCAGAAAAUAUGUUUCACUACAGUGUCUUGGUUUUAAAUAUAAGGUGGUCACCAGGGAAAUAUUCCCAAUUAUGAAUAUACCCAAGUCAACUGGGUUUUAUAGAGAUUUUAAUUAAUAAUACAAUGAGGAAUUAAAGAAAGAGAGAAAGAGUAAGAAAGGAAUCAGUAUGAAGGGCCUUAAGCCAACAUGGCCUAGACCUGAGUCUUAAGAGAGAGAGAGAGAUCAGUUACUCUUUUAUCACUCACCACAAGGUCUGUCUAAGCAAGGAUUCUAGUGACAGAGUCUGCUCAGAGAGAGUUCUAGCCAGAGUCCUCCUCAAAGAGCCUUCCAGCCAGAGACUCUCUCAAGAGAUCCUCCAAAAGGAUUGAUUUUCAAGAGAUUCUGCUUUUUCUUAUAUAGGGGGUUUUCUCCUAUGUCACCUCCCCUAAGUUCUUCCAUCUACCAAUCACAGUAGACGUUUUCAAAAGGACAACCCAUUCUAAAAACACUGCUGGGUCGACUAAUCCCUUUAGUAAGUUUGUACCAGAAAAAACUUCUGAAUAAGUUUUCACCUCUUUGCUCCUGGCAAGUUUACAAGUUGCCUGACCUUUAAUAGGUACUUAGCACCCCAUUGUAUUAAUUCUAAAAAUAGGCAUGGCUUAAAGAACUUUUUGCCUCAUAAGUAUGGGUUAAAGUACUUUCAUUGUUUAGCAAGGAGUUUUCUCCCUUAAAGCAGUCUUAAGUACGGAUGGAGUAGAGGUCCUCCCAUUUCUGAUCCAAGUAGAGUUCUCACUGUCAAAAUGGGGAAUGUUCCCAGUAGGGAAUUGUUCCAAUGGAGAAUUCCCCAAUGUGGAAAUGUUUAACAUUCACAAGUCUGAGAAAUUUCAAGAUUCACACCUGCUACUUCUGUGAGAAGGGCCACAAAAUGAUAGAGUGCAGAACUUUUCUUAAGAUUAUCUGAAGGAAUACCCAGUUUAAUAACAAUUACAGAAGUGAUAAUUAUAGAAAUAACUAUAAUAAUGACAAUGGAAACCACAGCUUUAGAAAUAAUAACUAUAGAAAUGACUAUGAUAAUGAUCAUAGAAACCACAAUUUUAGAAAUUAUAGCAAUAACUAUAAUGACUAUAGAAAUAAAAUUUUAGAAAUCAAAAUUAUAGAAAUUGGGAAAAUAAUGACAGUGUUCCAAAUGAAGAAAAUUAUACCCAACACAAUGCCCAGCAACAAUAUAUAAAAAAUGGUGCUCGUCCAAAAAAUACUCGAGGUGCUAAUGCCCCUCAGGGGGAUGCCCUUCAGAGGGGUGCCCAAGGAACUUCCUAAACCCAAUGAAGGUAUCUGGGGGUGGGGUGGGACUGGGGCACAGUAAUCAGAGGAUUCAACCUUUGAUUUUCUGGACCCCGAGGUCCUACUACCCGUUGUCCCUAUCCACUGUCCUCCCCAUACUAAUGAACCCCAUGUUACCUUAAAAGUGAGUAACACCUAUUAUGAUUGUCUUUUAGACACUGGAGCUACCAAGUCUAUAUUAAAGAGUAUACCUGAUUUACAUUGUUCCAUUGACUCACAGUGUAGUGGGAGUAUCAGGAAUACCCCAAAGAGUUAAAAAACUUGCCCCUAGAAUGGUGUCUGUAGGACCCCUAGAGGUACAACAUUCCUUUCUUUUGAUGCCUGACUCCCAUUUAAAUUUGCUGGGGAGGGAUCUUCUAUGCAAACUCAGAGCCACAAUAACUUGCUCCCCAGAUGGUUCCUUAUCAUUGGAAGUACCAGAGGAAUCUUUAAAUUUACUCCCUGUACUUCUCUCAGAGAGCCAGGAGGCAAAAGAGCCUCCCACUUUUGAAAUACCUACAGAUAUACCAGAGUCUCUUUGGGCCACAUCUUCCAAUGUAGGCUUACUUAAAUCUGCUGUUCCUGUACAGAUAACUAAAUCUAGCCCACCUCCUUCCAUUCCUCAGUAUCCCCUCUCAAAGGAGGCAAUUGAGGGUAUUACCCCAGUAAUUAACUCAUUAAUUAAACAAGGAAUAAUAAUCCCUUGCAAAUCAGAAAACAACAUGCCCAUCCUGCCAGUUAAAAAAACCAAAAAGAAGGUCUGAUGGCAAGCACCUCUAUAGAUUUGUACAGGAUCUGAGGGCAGUGAAUAAUCACGUUAUAAAGAGACACUCCAUAGUUUCCAACAUAAAUACUAUUAUUUCCUCUAUUCCUAGCACAGCUACAUACUUUACAGUAGUAGACUUGUAGCUUUCUUUUCCAUACCUGUACAUGAGAACUCCAGGCAUAUCUUUGCUUUUACCUGGAAGGGCUCACAUUAUACAUGGAGUCAUCUGCCCCAGGGUUAUGUGGAAAGUCCGAGUUUAUUUGAACAAAUUUUGAGCCAAGACACAGACAAUAUAACAUUUAAAAAUAGUAAAUUAAUCAAAUAUGUAGAUGAUCUACUCUUGGCUUCAAUGCAGAAACAUGUCAGGAAGAUAGUAAACACCUUUUUUUUGGAAUUUCACAAAAGAGGACAUAAGAUCUCAAAGGAUAAGGUUCACUGAUGUUUCCCUAAAGUAGAAUAUUUGGGAUUCAUCCUGACUGCUGGUGCUCAUUAUAUUUCUCCAAAAAGAAUUGAGAAUAUUCAAAAUUUAAACACUCCUACUACUAAGAAACAGUUGAGAGCAAUUUUAGGAGCAACAGGGUUUUGCAGACAAUGGAUUCCUUGCUAUGGGGAAAUUACUAAACCCCUUAUAGCAUUAACAAAGGAUUUGGUUCCUGAACCCCUCAAAUUAGAGCCUGAACACUUGUCAGCUCUAUCAGAUCUAAAAAAGGCUAUCAUGUCUGCCCCUGCUCUAGUCAUCCCAGAUUACAAGAAGCCAUGUGCAUGAGUGAAGAGGAGUAGCUUCUGGUGUUUUAACUCAGACUUUGGGACCUUCUCAGCGCCCAAUUGCUUAUUAUUCUGCCCAACUGGACCAAGUAGCAUCAGGAGCACCACCAUGUCUUAGAGGAGUAGCUGCUACAGCCUUACUAGUGACAAAAACUGUUGAUCUAGUAUUGGGAUGUCCCCCGGUAUAACUACUAUAGCCUCUAAAGUGUGUUUAGCCUGCUCUACCUGCCAAGCAUAUAACCAACAUGCAUUUCGUGGGAAAGCCUUUGGUGGGCAUCCUCUGGCUUACACACCUUUUGAGCAUCUACAAAUAGAUUUCAUAACAAUGCCAAAGGCAGGACAUUAUAUAUUUUGAUUAGUCAUAGUAGAUUAACUGACCAGAUGGCCAGAAGCAUUUCCUGAGACCCGAGCCACAGGGGCUUUUGUUGCUAAGGUACUUUUAAAAGAAAUUAUUCCUCUCUUUGGCCUGCCAGCAGGUAUUGAUUCAGAUAGAGGAAGUCAUUUUACUGAUUCUGUUCUAAACCAGAUAUAUUCUUGCUUGGGGAUAACUCCCAAAUUCCAUGUUCCAUAUCAUCCCCAGAGCUCAGGCCAAGUUGAGAGGAUGAACAAAGAACUUAAAACUAUGAUUGGUAAAUUAUGCACUGAGACAAAUUUAAAAUGGCCUGAAAUUGUCCCUUUGGCCAUAUUUUAUCUUAGAAGCAGGCAUAGAGGAGACCUACACAUCUCACCAUUUGAGAUGUUUUUUGGACAUCCACCUAUACAGGCUAAACCUUUCUCCCCUGCAUAUACAUCACUAUAGGGAGAUACUACUAUUGCUUCCUAUAUACAGGAAUUACAGCACAAACUACAUGAACUCCAUGAAUCCAGAACUGCAGUACAAGCCAGACCACUGGACUUUUUACUUCAUGACCUGAACCCAGGAGAAAAGGUGUAUAUUAAGAAUUUCAAGCGUACUGGAGCAACUCAGCCUUCGUGGGAAGGACCAUUCCAAAUAUUGUUAACUACUCCAAAAUCUAUAAAGGUUGGAGAGAAGGACUCUUGGAUUCAUUGCUCACAUGUGAAGAGAACAUCUUCUGUUGAAACUGAUUGACUGUAUCCUAUCAUAAACAUUGGAGAUAAUAAUCCAUAAACAAGUGGAUACUGUUUUCAGGAACACACUGAAUUCUUGAUCCCCCCCCCCUUGUUUUUAUUAUUACUUUUCUUUUAUUUUGAAUAUUUUAUUUUUUUCUUUAUUUUCCUCAUUUCUUGUACUAAAGGUACAUACAAUUUAUAUUAUUUUUCUGCAGUAAUAUAAGUUUAAUAUAUAUAUAUGUGUGUGUGUAUGUAUAUAUAUACACUUGCUAUAAUAUCAAUGCAUACCCAAAAGCUUUAAACUGUGGGAACCUGCCAUUUAUUGAUAAAAUGUUAUGGAACUGUGAUUAAUGUUUGUGUCUGAUUUUAGGAAAUGGGAUAAAAAAAAAACAAGGAGCACAGACUUAACCUGAGAGCCAAAAAGAGCACACGGGAAAAACUAGUGUGAGACUUGAGGUUGCGACACUUGACAUAUGUUAAGUCAUAGGACUUCCUUGUAUCUACACUCUUUAUGAAGUACUCAGACAAGUACCAAAAUUUGACUAUCAUUCUGGUUCCCUAUAUCCCUGAAAAAAAUCAGACAUGGGAAUGACACUUCCCUAUCAAAAUAAAAUUCUAGUUCUUUUCUUCUUAUAGUAUGGCAACUUCCUGUAGUCUUGGCUGCAAAUGGGUAAGGGAAAUAUUACUGCAUUCUGUCCUACAGACUUGUGGGAUACAAACUAUUUUAAAUUGGACCUAUACAACGGCCUGUUAGAAAUUUAUUAAACCCAAAUAAGGGCCUAUUUUGAAUUUUUUAUUCUUUUUUCUUUCCAUUUUUUCCCUUAUUUUUUUUUGUUGUUUUUCCUCUUCUUUUGAUAAUUAACUCAUACACCCCAUAACUGAACCAUGCAUCCUGAGCCGAACUGGAUGUUUUUUAACACCCACUUCAGAGGGGGGAUUGUAUUUUAAAUAAAAUCCAAGUUUUUUUUUUUUUUUGAGAAAGAUCUUCCAGGAAGAAGCUUGCUAACUCCUAAAUCCAGAGAAUAAAGUAUUACAGAAAGAUGCCAGAAAACCUAUACUACAUCAAGAAGAUCAAGAAUGAACUUUGGGUGUAGUUGAUUGAACUGAAGUUUGAUUGAACAUUUAUUUGUAAAUGUACAAGGGAACUCCCUAAUUUGUCUUUUUUGUCAAUGUGCCUAGUAAAACAUUGGUUUGCUUUC